AGAUCCAGCCUGAGAUUUUACAUUUAAUCAUGAUAAAAUUUUUCCAAAGGAUGUUAGAAGGGGAAGAUUUGCAGUUCGGAAAUUCAAGCCAAACAUCAAAUCAGGAUAUGAUGGAUUUGCUCAGUUUGUCACAACUGAAUAUCAGCAGAUAUUGAACAUGGAAGAAAAAGAAUCCAUUUAUAUCUGGGAAAAGGCACAUUUGUGUUCCUUGUGUGGACAUGGCCUCAAACAAUCUUCUGGCCUGAAGAACCACAAGUGCACUCACACUGGGAAGAAAAGGUGGCAAUGUGCAGAUUGUGGCAAAGGAUGCAGGUGCCCAUCUGAGCUGGAAAUUCACCAACACAGCCACACAGGGGCAAGGCCAUUCACCUGCUCCAAGUGUGGUAAAGGAUUCAUGCAGCCAUCCACCCUACUCACACACCAACGAGUUCACACUCAGGAGAGGCCUUUUCAAUGCCCAGAUUGUGGGAAGUGCUAUAAAAGUUCCAGCAAUCUGAUGUCCCAUCAACGUGUUCACACUGAUGAGAGGCCAUUUAAAUGCCCAAACUGCAGGAAAUGUUUUAAAAGUUCUGGCGAACUUAUGGCUCAUCAACGUGUUCAUACUGAUGAGAGACCCUUUAAAUGUUCAGAGUGUGCAAAAUGCUACAAAAGUUCUGGCGAGCUGAUACGUCAUGAACGUGUUCACAAUGAUGGGAGACCUUUCAAGUGCCCAGACUGUGCAAAGUGUUAUAAAUGUUCCGGGGAACUAAUGCGUCAUCAACGUGUUCACACUAAUGAGAGACCUUUUAGCUGUGCAGACUGUGGGAAGUGUUAUAAGAGUUCUUGGGAACUGAUGUACCACCAACGAGUUCACACUGACGAGAGACCUUUUAAAUGUCCAGAUUGUGGGACAUGCUAUAAAAGUUCCGGGGAAGUGAUGCGUCAUCAACGAGUUCACACUGACGAGAGGCCUUUUAACUGCCCAGAGUGUGGGAAAUCCUAUAAAAGUUCUGGGGGACUUCAGUACCAUCAACAUGUUCAUGCUGACAAAAGAUCUUUUCACUGCACAGACUGUGGGAAGUGCUUUAAAACCUCUGGAGAACUAAUAGUCCAUCAACGUAUUCACACUGAGGAGAGACCAUUCAGAUGCUCUCACUGUGGGACUGGGUUCAGGUGGUCAUCUGACCUCACUGUACAUCAACGAGUUCACACUGGGGAGAGACCAUUCUCCUGCAUGGAAUGUGGGAAGCGAUUCAUUCAGUCAUCCCAUCUGCUGAGACACCAGCGUGUUCACUCUGAGGAGAGAUCAUUCAACAGCACUAAGUCUGGAAAGAGAUUCACUGAAACAUCUGCCCUGCAGACCCACCAGUGAAUUCACACAUUGGAGAGGCCUCUUAAAGACCCAGACUGCAGGUCAUGCUGUAAAUGGUUGUGUGAACUGAUUAUGUCAUCCACAAGAGUCUGAGUCUGACUGGGGAAAAGGGUGGAAACGUCAAUUGGAAGACUGAGAAUGAGGUGAAUGGAAUAAGAGGGAAGAGAUAAAUCAGCAGGAAUUGGUCUGAAUAGCCUGUCUGCUCAUUUCAUGUUCUAAGUAUUUCAGUUUAACCUCCUUUUACAGUAUAUUUUUGUGUUGUAUUUCCAAAUCAGAAUCAACACAUUAAGAUCUGACAGAGUGACCCAAUUCAACAGGACCUGAACAUUACUGGCACCUCCGAAUGUGGAAGGUGAAACGCUGUCUGUGAGAGGAGAUUUUAAGCAUCAGUGUGACUGCAAAACCACCAAGACACACACAAGUGUGAGAGUGUUCCAGUGCACUAACUGUGGAAAAAGCAUUAACUAUGCAACCUGAAAAAUAAUUACACCCUCCACAACGGAGAGAGACUGUCCAUGUGUUCUGUCUGUGCAGAUCAGUUUCAGUCAGACAUUGAACCUGGAAUGACUUAAGGAGAGCAACACCACGGAGAAACCAUGGGAAUUUGGGGACAAUGGGAAAGGAUUCCGUUAAUCCUCAAAGUUGGAAACUCUUCAAGCAAUCACAAUAGAGAGAGGCUGCUCGGUGUGUGUGAAGUGAUUCACUCAGUUAUUGAGCCUGUACAUACACCAGCACAUUCACACUGGGAAGAGGCCAUUCACCAGUUCCAUGUGUGGGCAGGGAUUUAAUGCUUUAUUAGCCCUUUGGGCUCAUGAGCAGAUUCAGUCUUAAAUGUGUGAGAAGAAUUUUAAAAGCGGAUAGGAUAUAUUGAUACAUCAGCAUAGAUGUGUCAACACACUGGGGAGAAGACCAUUCACCUGCAAAGUGUGUGGGAAAGGAUUCGUUCAGUCGUUCCACCUGCUGACCCACCAACUUAUUCAUAUUGAAGAGAGAUAUUUUAAAUGUUCUGACUGCAAGACCUUUAAACAUAGAAAGAUGUACUGAACCACUAACGCAUUCUAACUGGGGAGAAACCAUAGUCUGCUUUGUGUGUGGGAAAUCUAUUAGAUUAGAUUCCCCACAGUGUGGAAACAGGCAAUUUGGCCCAACAAGUUCAAACCGACCCUCCGAAAAGUAACCCAUCCAGACCAAUUUCCCUACAUUUACCCCUGACUAAUGCAUCGCACAUCUUUGGAUUGUGUGAAGAAAUCCAUGCAGAUGCAGCGAGAAUGUGCAAACUCCACACCGACAGUUGCCCAAGACAGGAAUCGAACCUGUGUCUCUGGCGGUGUGAGGCAGCAACGCUGAGCCACCGUGCCACACAAGGGAAUUCAGAUUGGGCAGGGAUUCACUAGUUCAUCCUAUCUUCUGACACAUCAUUUUGUUCACACUGAUGAGAGAUCUUUUGGAUGUCUUGACUGUGAGAAGAAAUUUAAAAGCAGAACGCAUUUUCUUAAAUACCGUGACACUCACACUGGGAAGAAGCCAUUCCUUUGCUUUGUGUCUGGGAAAGGAUUCACUCUAUUUUCCCACCUGCUGAGACACCAUCAAGUUAACACUGGGGAAAGGCCAUUCUCCUGUGCUGAGUUUGAGCAGGAAUUUGUUGAUUCAUCCUGAUUUUCUAAUCCACCAGUGAGUUCAUACUGGGGAGAGACUGCUCCCUGUGUGGCAAGAGAUUCACUCAGUCUUCCAAUUUCACAGAACACCAACUUGUUCACACUGACAGCAGACCUUUUCAAUAUUGUGGCUGUGAGAAUAGGUUUAAAAGUAAACAGUAUCUGCUGAAACAUCAAAAAAUUCACUUGAGGUUGGGAGCGUACAUCUGCUUUGUGUGCAGGAAAGGAUUCGCUCAAUCUCACAUCCUUCUGAAACACCAGCAACUUCACCUGCAAGAGCAGCAAUUGGAUUCGACUGAGAAUGCUGCUGUGACCUAUAGUCGGACUGAGCCUUAUCUGACUGCCCAUUUCCGCUGGGGCUCCACAGUUUCUUGGUAGAGGUCAAGGAUCUAGAUUUCAAUGUAGGGGCCAUAAUGAGGAAGAUUUAUAAAUAUGACAGAAGUUGGCCAUAAAAUGGACAAUGAGAAACAAAGCUGCAGACUGCAUGAUGUCAAUGGACUAGCCAAAAAGGCAGAAACAUGGUCAAUGGAAUUCAUUUGGAGAUAAGGAAUCUGGGAGGGAAGGGGCUAACAGGAAAAGGGAAUGUACAAUAAUUCAUGGGAAACUGAGAAGUUUAGAGGAACAUUGAGCACAUCGAAUGAUCGCUGGAUGGGUACAUAAAGAGGUUAGUGCGGGGUUUAGUUGAACCUGGAAUAUAAAAACAUUGUGAUUGUGCUGGAACUUUAGAAAAUAUUAGUUAAAGCACAGCUGGAGUACCAAGGGCAGUUCUGUUCAUAACAUGAGUGAACUAGAAAGUGAAUCUAUUUUAAUCAUCAUAAAACUCAAGACAUUUCGAGAUUUCAGUACAAUCAGUGUUCAAUUCAUCAAAUGUCACUGAUAAAGAUAAAGCUAAUCUACAAAAUGAUUGUAAUAGUGAGGACAUCUGAAUUGUCAGCAACUGAAAAUCUGUAGU